AUGUCCUCCUGGACCUCCUCUUCCUUCAAAUCCUCUGCACCAGAAGAAAGUAUGAGCAUCGCAAGCAUCAGUUUGAAGGAAGAGCAAGAAGACCCAGCAGCAACCCACCAUGGCCAUAGUAACUACGUGAGCAGCCAUGUGCAUAUAAAACCCACCCACACCUCCCAACCCUUAGACAAAGAUGUGGUUUUGCGGCGUAUCAGACAGCGCAAGCGUGUCAACAGAGUGCGCGCCGCUCUGCAAGCCCUGCUGAUCAGCUCUCCCUUCUCCCCCCCUGUCCAUGAGAACAAGUGGGUCGAUGAUGCCUUUGCUGCUCCUUAA